AUGGCGACAUUGGAUUGCGGAACUGAUGCAGAUGGGAGUGACAAUGGCUCUGACGAGAAAGAGGGCUAUUUUUCAGCCGAAGAGUUCCUGUCGCCAUCUCCAUACUUGCGACCUGCGACCCCGCAACUAUACUAUGAGCAACAUCCGGCAUGGUGGCCUGUGUCUGAUGAUAACAAUUUCGAUUUGACUAGGACUUGCGACCCGGUGGAUCCUGUGUCGAUGAGGAGGGACUAUCGAGCAAGGCGCCCAAAGACAACACCAUCCCAGUACUCGUCGGAUGAUACGGAUUCUUUUGUUUCUUGUGAAGAGUACCUCGAUGAAGAAAACCCUGAUGAUAAAGAUUACUGUUCACGGAACGGAGAAUAUGAUCUCUAG